AUGGUGGAUACAAGAAGCAAGAAGAAGAUGAAGGAGGUAGUGCAAUCAAGGGUGGCCAACCGUAUAGUAUUGAGGUCGCGUCAUACAGCUUUUGAGGGAGUGGUUGAGUAUGAUGGUAGUGAUGACAAUUAUGAUGACUUCACGGAUGUGAAUGAGGAUUUCUUCGAGGGAAACCAUUCGAAUGCAGGUGGUUCUAGUGGACCUAGAUUAGAGCCUGAGGUUCCUUUUGUGUCUUCUUCGUUCUCUCAGAUUGUUCAUGUUAGACGUGGACCUCGUGUCGUUUUGAGUCAUCAUGAUCCGAUUCGGAGGAGAGCAGCAUUAAAGUUGGCGACACGUGGAUUGGUGUGGUGGGAUCCUUUUGCUAAGAAGUGGGAGGGAUGA